UGCUCCCGCCCCGCCUCCUCCGCCUCCGCCUCCUCCUCCUCCGCCGCCGCCAUGGAGCGCCCCGGAGCCGGAGCAAUAAAUUCCAAUGAGUGUGAAAAUGCGUCAAGAGAAGAGGAAAUGUCAGAAGAAUUUGAAGCUGAUGCUAUGGAUUCUCUGAAAGACAUGCCAUUUGCCACUAUAGAUAUUAAAGAUGAUUGUGAAAUCACUGAUGUACCCCACAUAAAUUUGGAGAGAAGUAAAGAAAAUGAACGGAUCAGUAAAGAUCAAAUAAAGAAGAGGAAAAAAAAGCAAAAAGGUUAUCAACCCAACUAUUUCCUAUCCAUUCCGAUCACCAACAAAGAGAUUACGAGAGGAAUUAAGAUCCUGCAAAAUGCAAUACUCCAGCAAGAUGAGCAACUAGCCAAAGCCAUGACCAGUGACGGCUCCUUUCACGUUACCCUGCUGGUGAUGCAGCUAUUAAACGAAGAUGAAGUCAACCUUGGUAUCGGUGCUCUUUUGGAAUUAAAACCAUUCAUAGAAGAAAUCCUCCAAGGAAAAGAGUUGAUUUUGCCCUUUCAAGGGGUUGACACUUUUGGAAAUCAGGUUGGAUUUGUGAAGCUGGCAGAAGGACAUCACAUAAAUCCACUUUUGGAGAUAGCAGAGGCUGCAAAAAGGACAUUUCAAGAAAAGGGCUUCAUGGCAGGAGAAAACAGGAGUUUUAAGCCUCAUUUGACUUUUAUGAAAUUAUCCAGGACGCCAUGGCUCCGGAAGAAGGGAGUGAAAAAAAUCGACCCCAAAUUCUAUGAAAAAUUUAUCAGUCACAGAUUUGGAGAAGAAAUGGUACAUCGCAUAGAUCUUUGCUCCAUGCUAAAGAAAAAACAAAGUAAUGGUUAUUAUCACUGUGAGUCUUCAAUUGUGAUUGGUGAGUUGGAAAGCCCGUCCUCUACGGUCCUGCAGAGGUACACAGAGAAUAGACCCAGCUGGCCAAGCGGUGCUAAGAACGGAGGGGAGCCCGACGACGCUGAGCUGCUAAGGCUCAGCAAGAGGCUGGUGGAGAACGCGGUGCUCAAGGCCGUGCAGCAGUACCUGGAGGAGACGCAGAGCAGAGGCAAGAGGCCCAUUGGACUCCAGGACUUAAUUCGUGAAGCUCUGCGGCGAGAAAGGAUGGGUCUGAAGUCCAAGGUGAAGCAGAUAAAGGAACUCUUGUUAAAGCCGGAGACUCAGGCCAGGAUAAGGAGGGAGCUUCUGGAAGGAAGACCUGCUAGCAGCCAGCCCGGCAGCGACCCCGGUGACCGGGUGCUCCAGGCGCCCCCCCCGCACCCCGGGCCCUGAGCGCGGCCACGCAACAGGCCACGACCGCUCCGCCAGGAGCUGAUGAUUUCUUGCCAAAGAAAACUGGUUCUGCCCUGUUGUGUUUAGAGCUGACCCUGUGCUUUCGCAUGUUUGUUUCUGUAAUAUCAAGAGUCAUUUUAUAGAAAGGACUUCAUUAGCUGUCGCGACAUGGUCCUUGGGUUCCCGCAGGUGAUGCGCACAGACUGUGAAAAAUCAUUUACAGACAAAAAAAAAAUACAGUAUUUUAAGGGUCACUUGCCUUCUGUUGAUGUGAUUUUUUUUGUUGUUGCUAUUAAAUCAGAAGUAGUAUUGUCCACACAAGUCUCUAUCUAGUGUUACUUUAACGGGAAUCUGAAUGUUUAUUGAACACUAGUACUUGAAUGAGCAUUUCUAAGUGUAAUUAUUAUAAUUACUGGUUAAGAAUGUUUUUUAACAUCCAUAUGUAUUAUUUUUUAAUGAUCAAAAUGUAGUUUGCUUUUUCAUUUCUUAAUGAAUGAAUGUUUGGGAUUUUUAUUUUCUACUUUUCUGAAGAUAAGCCCUAGGUCUUACUGUAUUCCUUAUAACCUGAAUUUGUUUGCACUGGUUCAUUUUUAAAGAAAAUCCUUGAAAAACUGCCCCCCCCCCCCGUGAUACUAAUUGGUAACGGCUUUUUCUAUAAGUCAUUGCAAAAUUGCUGCUACUAAGAGAUCAUGAUGGAGGGGAAAUUAUUGGAGAUCAAAUAUGUAAUCAUUUCAAAUGUAAAAUCCAAUUUACUCAUGGAUUUUAGCUAUUUUUUCACUGGGUAAAUCCUACAUUUAUUUAUAAAUGAGUUUAUGCAUUUUCAUGCCUUUUAAUAAAUGUAUUGUUUUCC